AUGCCACAACAAUCCAAGCAUGACUUCUUCCAGUCUGAGUAUUUGCGUGUUGAGGAAUUUUCGAGUGAGGUCGAGAAACUACAAGACGUGCUGUACUGUCAUUCUCGCGACAUCCUGUCAGCUGAAGAUGUGCACGUGCUUCGCCAUGUCCUACGCGCAGAGAGAACUGGGCCCCUGAAGGCUGGUGAACCUGCAGUUUGGUGGUCACCGGCGCAGGAGAACAGGUUUUUCACAACCCUUGCAGAGAGGCGUGUAAGGGGCGCUUUGAAUCCUGAUGAGGAGCCCAUUCAGCUCCUUCUGCAGCUUUUGUCGGCGUCUUUGACUCCUCCGCAAAGACAGCAUUUGGCCGCUCUCCUUGGCGUGCCACAUUCGCAGCGCGCAAGUCAUCAACCGCCAACGAUUCUGUCAACAGAGCAUACAGCAGUUCCUACACCUGGCCAAAUGAGGACCAUGGCUCUUCUUCAGCGUGUCCUAGAAGGUGAAACGCUGAGUCCUGUUGAAAAUGGUCUUUUACAGGAGGGAAUCCUGCGGGAACUUUUGCAGUUGUUGCCCUGUGAAGACGUGCAAGUGCUUUAUAGUUUGGUGCUCUCCAGUGAUCCGAUUCCUGUACGUCGAUACGGUGUACCGAUUCUGGAGGAGUUGCAGUCUGCUCGGGCCCUGUGGGAAUCCGGGGGAAACAUCAUGGGGUAUGUGAGACAGAUAGGCAGCAGUGGGCUCCGGCAGCUUUUUAUAUAUUGUCUGGCCGCUUCCCUGACCUUCCAGCAGCGUAAAAUAAUAUCACAAUUACUAGGCGAGAAUCCGGAGAAGCAGAAACCCGAUGAGGAGCAGGAAGGCUCUCAAGACACCUCUGCAGGCAUGCAACCAGGCGUCUACCCAGCGAAUUGCCCACUUCAUGGGGAAGCUGUGGGAGAUAGAGCGACGGAGGAUCCAAAAGCCCGAUGCGGGCGAGAUAAGGAAGUCUGCAGCGCUGCGAAGGUGGCAGGAGGAGGUCCUGCUGAUUUGCAAAUGGAGCCGAUGAUCGCAUUGACUCGCGAACAGGCAGGCUUCACGGGAAGACGACGUGCUAGCAGACGUGCUCAGCAGGUUCAAGUUUUCAGGGCCAGCUUUUGA